ACGAAGCUGUAUUUUCUUCAGCUAUUCUUGGAAUGAUGAAGAAGUCAUUUAUAACAAUGAUGCUUCUAAUAUACUUGACCAUUCAGAGCAAUGCUACGGAGACAUCCACGUAUACGACAAAGUAUGAUGGAAUUGAUCUGGAUGAGAUACUUAGCAACGACCGUCUGCUGACUGGGUAUGUCAACUGUCUGAUGGAUCUUGGACCUUGCACGGCUGAUGGAAAAGAAUUAAAAAAGAACCUUCCGGAUGCUAUAGAGAAUGAUUGUAAGAAGUGUACUGAGCGACAGCGUGAGGGUGCUGACCGUGUCUGUCAUUACCUCAUCGACAAUAGACCCGAAGAAUGGACUAAACUCGAGGAGAAAUACAAAUCGGAUGGAAGUUACAGAGCUAAAUAUUUAGCUAGCAAGGAAGCCACAGAUGAGAAGGCAUCAAAUGUCACAAACUCCAAUGAAGAUACAAAUAAUGUUUCUAAAGAAUAAAUCUGACAGACACCAGGUGACGAUGAUGGAACUGCAAAUCACAAAGGAUUAGAUGAUAAUAAUUUUAAUAUGGAUGCCGCUAAUAUUCCUAAAUAAAUUUUGAGCACAGC